UGAACAGACUGCACUGCAUUUUUCAUUCAAUGUUGCAAUUGUUGUACUUUUCGCUGAUCAGUACAAAAAUUGGAACUUUAUCAAGAAUAUAAUAUUACGAUCUAUAAAAAAUACAAUAAAUAUAAAUUGCAAUGAUGUCAACCAGUGUUAGCCAGUUUCGUUUAUAAGCAAAUAGUGUAAACGUGAUGAAAUGUUAGAAGGAAUGGUUAGCAACUACAACCAAUGAAUCAGUUAUCCUAUCCAGUUAGAAUCACAAUAUAAUGCAAGAUAAAUAAAUUUAAAAGUAAAUUGUCCCAAAAUGUCAGUUAGUAGCUCAUUGUUGUUUUCCAUUAACAAUGAAGGUAAAGUCUAUGCACUAUCGACCAGUGGAUCAUGUUGGAGAGAGUUUAUGUAUCUUGGUUUGGAGUUCAAAACAUUAUCUGCUGUACCACAUCAUUUAUGGGCUGUAGGUGGUGAUAGACAGAUAUAUCUGCAUGUACAUGGAUUAGAGAUUCCAAUUCGUGUGAAAGAAGAAUCUUAUGAAAAUGAAAGGUGGUUACCAUUGGAAGGAUUCAGUGGUAGAUUGCUUCCAACAGAUAGGUAUCAUUUUUCUUCUCAAGAUGGCACCAAAGAUAGAUCAAUUGAUCAUAUUAGACUUCCAUCUAUGGCUUGGCAAUGGGAAGGAGAUUGGCAGCUGGAACUUACAUUAGAUGGGCAGCCAUUAGAUCAUGAUGGAUGGAGCUAUGCAGUUGAUUUUCCUGCUCAGUUUGGCCCAGUUAAACAAUGGAAGUCAUGCGUCAGAAGAAGGAAGUGGAUUCGUUAUAGAAAAUUCAGUGCUAUGAACUCAUGGUGUGCUAUAGCUCCUUUGCACAAAGAUCCUACACAAGAACCUUUCAUAGAUGUUAGUAUUGGAGGCAAUCAAAUCCCUUAUGCAGCUCCUGGCACUCUAGCAGUAUGGUCAAUCACAGCACAUGGAAGAGUAAUGUUCAGGUCAGGUGUCAGCACAACUUCGCCGGAAGGAUUAAAAUGGAUUAACAUAAGCAUUCCACCCAACUGUGAUAUCAAACAAAUUUCGGUAAGCCCUACAGGGCUUGUUUGGGCUUUGCUGUGGACUGGUAGAGCUAUUGUUAGAAAAGGAGUUACUAAGGAUUGCCUGACUGGAGAAGCUUGGCUAGAAGUAAAAUCACCUACUGAAACAAAAUUGUCAGUUAUAUCUGUUGGUUAUAAUGCUGUCUGGGCCACUAGUUCAGAUGCAAGAGUAUGGUUCAGAAAAGGUAUAGACGGCAAUACUGCUGGAAAUUCUGAAACUGCUGCAAUGGGUACUGGUUGGUUGGAAAUUACAGGGAAUAUGAUACAUUUGUCAGUUGGAAUAAAUGACCAAGUAUUUGCAAUUGGCGAAACUGACAAGUGCAUAUAUUGGAGAAGUGGUAUUACUCCAGCAGAACUGACUGGAAAACGUUGGAGAAUGGUUCAAGCCAAUAUGCAACUGAGCCGUACAUCUAGUUCAGCUAGUGUUGUUUCAUCAGCUUCAAAUGCCAAACAUCAUAGCCUCAAUAUGUUAAAUGAAACAAUUCCAGAACUUAAGACUAAUAUUCACCUGCAUAAUUCUUGGGAAGAGUCUCAUUCAGCACCUAUAGAACAUACUUUGCCAAUUAAGCCUCCCAAGGAGGUACGCCCCAAGGGAAAUACAAAUGUUGAAAACAUCGAUUUAACAGGAAAGAGUUAUGAGACAACUUUGAAAAAUCCUCGUGCUUGGAGUCCAGUACGAAGUGUAGGAUCAGUUGUUGGCAUGGAGGCUCAACCAGACAGUGAUAGCAGUGUGUUUGAUGUUGAUUCUGGCAUGUAUUUUGAUGAGGAAGUUAGUCAAACUGCAUGGGGUACAUGUGACACCACCUGGGCUUUUGUUGAUGCUGGAGCAUGUUCUGUAGAUACUAUGCAGCCACCCCACUGGUUUGCAGAUUCUCAUAAUGCCCACAAUUCUGAUUUAAGUGCUAAAUGGCGACUUCAAAUACUCAAUUCAUUGAAAAGUAGAAAUAAUGACCAAGACAUAGAUCUUUCGAACUAUGGAAUUGCUAUUGAAGAAAAAGGCUGGACACGAAGUUGUGAAGCAAGACUUGUUAGUAUAAAUAAUACUACAGAAGACUGUAUACUAUCUCUUUAUUGGCAUGCUUUAGAAAAUACAGGAACACUGUCUGUUUUCCAGCCUGAUGGUACUAUUCAAUUUAUACUUAAUUUGGGAGAAGUCAACUCCAUAUUUACUUCCUCAGAACCUGGAUGCCCCAGAAUUGUUUUAACUGUCCCAAGGCACAAUAAAAAUACCAUUAAAAUUCAGUUUAUAUCAGAAAUGGAACAAGAAGAGUGGCUGAGUGUUUUAGUAGGAAUAGUAUCAGAAAUUAAUGGAUUGUCUGGAAAACCAUCUGCAAGUUCUGUUUGGGCUGUCACAAGUUCUGGAGAUGUUCUAAAUUGGGAUCCUUUGCCAACCAAAAUUAAUAGUGAAAAAAAUGGUAUUUACACCAAAGAAUUUCAAGUUUUUGGCAAAAACAUUUUAUCUGGUUAUACCACAAACUUAAACAACAACUUUUCUCCAGGAAGUACUCUAAAAUUGUCGGGUUGCAUAAAUGACGAAAUAAAAAGAUUUCACAUUAAUCUUCAAGGCCCAGAAAUAAAAAAACAGAGACAUAAAAUUGAAACUGAAAUUACUGAAAUUCCACUCCAUUUUGAUCUAAGAUUUGAUGAAAGUACAGUAGUCUGUAAUACUAAAAUAUCAGGGAAUUGGGGAGUGGAAGAGCGACAUCCAUUAACAUUGACACGUGGACAAGAAUUUUCUAUUAUGAUUAAGUGUAACUCGCAUAAUUUUAAAAUUAAUAUUAAUGAUAAAACAUUUUGCUCUUACGAGCAUAGAUUUAGUCCAGAAAGUAUUACUGCAGUAAAAGUGCAAGGUUCUGUGAAACUUUACAACAUGGAAUACUCUACAACAAGUGUAAUUAUAGGACCAGAAGAAAUGGUUUGGCGUAUGAUAGGGGGUUACCUUCGUCGAGUAGAGACUUGCCAGAAUGGAAUAGUUUGGGGCAUAUCUCAUGACCAUCGCGUUUGGAUAUAUACAGGAGGUUGGGGUGGAGGCAUGCUUAAAGGAUUAAAUGGCAAUGAAGGCAUAAACUCCAUGACAGACACCCAAACUUAUUGCGUGUAUGAAAACCAAAGGUGGAAUCCGAUUUCUGGUUACACAUGCACCGGUCUCCCUACUGAUAGGUAUAUGUGGAGUGAUAUCACUGGCAAGCAAAAAAGGACCCGUGAACAUACGAAACUCAUAAACCGUCAUUGGCACUGGGUAUCUGAAUGGAUGAUUGACUACAACACGCCUGGAGGAGUUGAUAAUGAUGGAUGGCAAUAUGCUACGGACUUUCCAGCGCCUUACCAUGGGAAAAAGGUUUUUACCGACUGCGUUCGUCGGCGUAGAUGGUACAGAAAGGCACAAAUAAUCACAGAGGGGCCUUGGCUGCGAGCAGGGAGCACAGCACUGCUAGAUAUAUCUGUAUGGAGCGAUGACGAGUAUGUAGUGGUGUGGGGCGUCACUUUGGGUGGCGAUGCAAUUUAUCGUACAGGGGUGACUGCUACAACUCCAGCGGGACUUCACUGGGAAAAUAUAAAAAAUCCUCAGAUGCUGAUAGCAAUAAGUACAUUUAAUUUUAUUGUUUGGGCUGUGGGAAGAAAAGGAGAACUCUACUAUAGAGAUGGUAUUACUAAAGAAACGCCAGGCGGAUCAAAUUGGAAGCUGAUCGAGUCUCCAAAAAGUACCUAUCCUCUGAGUCACAAAUCGUCUGUAGGAGCUAAAGCUGUAUCACUAAAUAAGAGUGCAGCCUGGGUGCUCCUAUCAAACGGUUCUAUAGCAAUAAGAACUAAAGUUUCAAAUGAAAAUCAGGAUGGCAAGAACUGGAAAUAUUUGUCAGAUUGUGAUCUAUUUUUCAAGACUGUGUCUACUAUGAAUAAUGAGGUUUGGGCCGUGAGCGUGGAAGGAACGCUUUACCGGAGGCUGGGCGUGACGGCAAACAACGCUAGUGGCUCCACCUGGCAGCGCGUGCACCCGGGUCCUCUCCUGCACGUGUCCGCUAGAGGAAGCCCCCCCUAAUUCUAGUUAUAAGCGAUGUCUAUUAAUGAUCUCCUAGUUAAAUUUUAUCAGCUUAAAACAUCCGUGAUAUUUUAUCUUCCAAUUUUUUAUUUUUAUAAUUGUUUACUUUUUAUUACUCUUAUUUAGAAUUGUCUAUUUAAUUAUAAGCCUUAAUCCAUAAAUAGCAAGACCUAAUUCUUUUAACGGGACAAUAUUGACCAAAAAUUCUUUCUGCAAAGAAAUGUUUUAAGUAAAUUUUGAUAUAAUUUUUAUAAGUGUUUAUUUCUUAUAGAACCCGUACUCGUACCAAAAAGACAUUAUUUUGUAAAAUUAUUUAUAAAUCGGUAUUUAUUGAUAAUUUUAAGAUUGGCAACAAAAACCAUUUGUAUAAUUCUAGUCAACUGAUGGAAAAAUCAAGUGUAACGACCGCUUUUGCUUGUAAAGUAAAUAAAACAAAGUAUUACUGAA